AUGUCGAACCCCUGGAAAAAAGUAUCUGAACCCACUAAUACACAAAAUUUAGCAGAUAUUAUGUCUGAACAGUACGCCAGAGGCCUACAGAUCAAAGAGGAGUUACGUUUUGCUGAACAAAUAUCAGAUCUCAACCUGGGUACCGAAACCACAGAAGUAUCUCCCGAAAUACUCCGAGAAAUUGAAGAAUCGAGUGUUAAGGAUUAUUGCGACUCCGAUGCCAUUAUUGCGAAAGUGCUUCAGUGCCAGUAUGACAAAGCAUAUGACGAUGAGAUAAAAAUGGUGGAAAAGAAGAAAAAUGGUGAGGCGAAAGUAUCUGUGUCUUACGAUAAUUAUCGGAAUAUUCCGGAGCACUUGCUGUACGACUCAGAGUCAGAAGAUGACGACACCGAAAUGAUGGGCAACAAAGAUUGGGAUCGCUUUGAAACAAACGAGAAAGAAUUCGCGAGCCUACCGAAACGAGGCUUCAUAAUGAAAGAUGGCGCAAUGGUCACCAAACACGAUAGUGUUAUCAAUGGCAGAAGAAAUGCUUGUAAGGUUAUGGCAUUUCCACCUGAAGUCUGCACAGGGGACGGUGCUGGGUUUGACAUGAAGCUAUCUAAUGCUGUAUUUAAUCAACUCAGAGAGCAUACUAGAUGGAAUCAAGCUAGGAAGCAUAAAAUGUUAGACAGAAAGGAAAGCCAAGCAACAGCUGAAAUGGGCUUGGAUGAAGCAACAAGGCUUAUUCUCUUUAAGCUAAUCAAUAAUGGACUUUUGGAGGAUAUCAAUGGUAUCAUAUCUACUGGAAAAGAAUCAGUGGUGCUACAUGCCAAUAGUGAUCAAUCAUAUCCAGAGAUGAUCCUUCCCAAGGAAUGUGCAAUAAAAGUGUUCAAGACAACACUCAAUGAGUUUAAAACACGCGAUAAAUAUAUUGAAGCCGACUACAGGUUUAAAGACAGGUUCUCAAAACAGAAUCCCCGUAAAAUUGUUCAUAUGUGGGCGGAAAAGGAGAUGCAUAAUAUAAUGAGACUACAAAAGAUCGGUUUAAAUUGCCCCGAGAUGGUUAUUCUGAAGAAGCAUGUUCUUGUCAUGUCAUUCAUCGGCAAAGAUAGUAGACCAGCUCCAAAACUAAGGGAUGUUAUACUUAAGCCAGAAAAAUGGCAAAGCGUUUACAAUGAAGUUGUUGAGGCGAUGCAUAAGUUGUAUAAAGAAGGUCAUCUUGUUCAUGCCGAUCUGUCCGAGUACAAUAUAUUAUGGUGGGAGAAUAAAUGCUGGUUCAUCGAUGUGUCACAGUCAGUGCAGCCAGAUCAUCCUCACGGUCUGCAGUUCCUACUGAGGGAUUGUCGCAAUAUUAUUAACUUCUUUGAAAAGAAGAAUGUUCCGGACAUGAUAACAGCGGAGGAUCUAUUCAAGUCCAUCACAGGCUUCGAAGAAAUUGAUGUCAAUAUGUUAGAGGGUGUUCACACCACAUACAACUCGUUGUCAUCACGUUUUGAAAUCGCUCCCGAUGAUAAUCGGAACAUCAGCUAUCCGUUCGAGUAUUGCUGGCAGAAUUCCAGUAAGAUUAAAAACAAGGCAGCUGGCAGUGAUGAGGAUGAUGAAUUUAGUGAAAUGUGGGAGCAUUCAAUACAAGACAAAGUACUAGAUGGUGCUGCAAACUUCGGCAAUGAGCUCCCCAUUACAAUAAAUGAAGAUGACGAUGUAAAAAAUGUCAAUGAAAUUCUAAAAGACAAUGAUAUAGGUUGUAGUGGUGUAGACAAGAAAUCUUAA